AUGGGCUUCGUGACAUGCACCGAGAGCCUGGAGGAGGCGCAGGAGAUGAUCCUGAAAGCUCAGGCAUGGAGACACGAAGCCAAGGUGGACUCCAUCAUGGAGGAGUGGGGGCAGCUAGGCAAGGAUGGCUGGCAACUUGAGCCCAAGUCCCCUCGAGCCCGCGCCGCCGCCGAGCUCUUCGCCGCGGAGCGGCUGCCCGACGACGCCCUCGGAGGGCCCGUGAUGCUGGGCCGCUUCUCGUCAGUGGACAUGCCCGGCAUCUCGCGGGAGAACUUAGCAGAGCUUCUUCAGAACCAGUGGGUCUUCAUGCUGGAAGACAUGCUUCAUUCUGCGCAUGUGGCAUCUGUAAAGAAGCAGAGGCUUGUGAGGGGAUCAACAAUCAUCGAUGCCUCUGGUCUGCGACUCUCCGUGAUCCAGUACAUUGCUGAGUACAAGCCCUGGUUGGACAUCAUGAACAACGAUUACCCGGACCUCGUCCGCAGCGUCGUUGUACUGAAUGCUCCCGCCGUCUUCGUGCAGAUUUGGAAGGUCUUAUCGGUUCUGAUCAGCCCGCUCACCCGAGAGAAGGUGCGCAUUGUGGGCUCGGACUAUACCCAGCUACUGCAAGAGCAGGGCUUGGAUCUGGAUAGCUUGCCGGUUUUCCUGGGCGGCAAGUACGAGGGCUCCCGCCUCAACUCCAAGCUGACUGUGCCGAAAGGUGCGGCACGAGGUCUCAACGUGAGCUUCGGCGGUCUUUGA